AUGUCCGAAGUCCGCAAAGCAAUUAUCAUUGGCGGUGGUCCAGCCGGGCUUGCAGCGGCGCUUCGCUUGCACAAGCAUAAUAAUAUCUCCUGUGUGAUCUACGAGCUACGAGACCAGCCUACCACUCUCGGUGGCGCGGUGGGGAUUAUGCCUAAUGGGUUACGGCUACUUGACCGCUUGGGCGUGUAUGACGAGCUCUGUGCUCGGGGAUACGGAGGUGGGAUGCUGACGAUGCAUUCGGCGGCUGGGGAUGUUGUCGGGGCUCAGGAUUUUGUUGGGUGGGCGCGGAGUGAGACUGGGUAUGGAUAUUUGAGGAUCAAACGUGUUGAUCUCGUUGAUGUUUUGUUGGAGGCUGUGCGGAGGGAGGGGAUUGAGAUCAGGUUUGGAGUUAGGGUUACUGGGAUUGAAGGUGGGGUUGUCAGCACUGAGAGUGGAGAUGAGGAGGCUGAUCUUGUUCUUGGGUGUGAUGGGAUUCACUCGUUUGUGAGGAAGUCUGUUGUUGAUCCUGGGUUUGUGGGUGUUUAUUCCGGGAUCGCUGGGUCUUUUUCAAUUGUUCCUUCGUCGAAGUUGCCGGCACAGUCGACGGAUCUGAUGACUGGUUUGCAUGGUAUGAUGACUGAGGAGGGGAUGUUCAUGGUCAAUCCCUGUACGGCCAACAAGGAUGAGGUGAUGUGGGGAUUUUCACGCGAGGUGCAGCUUCCUGAGUCUGGGAAGGAUGGGAGAGAUGGGUGGGAGGAGACUCGCAAGGCUGAGGUUGAAGGGUUCAGAGAGUACUUGCUCAAAGUGCUUGCGAAGGCGAGUGGUGAAUGGGGCUCAGUCGUCAGAGAUCUCGUUUGCAACACUUCUUCCAUCAACUUCUAUCCUGUCUAUCGACUCCCGCUUGGCGGGCGUUGGUAUAAGGGUCGAUGUCUACUGCUUGGAGAUGCGGCGCAUGCUAUGUCACCGCACGCUGGACAGGGCACCUCCAUGGCUCUGGAAGAUGUGUUCUUGCUUUCCCGGCUUCUCGAGGAUUCGAGUAGGCCUCUAUCGCAAGUUUUCACCAAGUUUGACGAGAUCCGACGCCCAAGGGUGGAUGAGAUCUACAUGCAAGCUGUCAAGAACGGUGCUGCGAGAAAGAAGACUGGUCCAUGGGGGCUGUGGAUGAAGGAGCUUGGCUUCGGCAUGUUGAUGAAUGUCUCGUCUGCCCUGGGAUUGGACAAAAGGGGAUAUGGACAAAAACAUUUGGUCUAUGACAUCGAUGAGGUGAAGCUGUAA